UAUGACUGUUAUUUCUUCCAGGGCUAUGACCACUGGUAAUGUUUUGAGGAGGUUUGCAUGGCUGCAUUCUCAGCACACCCGCAAGAUGAUGUUAAAACUGAGAUUUUAAAUGUUCCCUUGGAUAGAGAAAUAUUCUUUGGCCCCUCUGUUGCAGAGGUGAUCAAAAAGUGGAAGCUUUACUGUAAAGUCUCACCCAGACUCUGCUCCAGUUUGCUGUGAGGGAAAGUUCAAGCUGUACGUUUGGAGGAAUGCAACCAAGUGGAAUUGUAAAAGCCUUUCCUAAAGUGAAAAGACUUCGGAAUGAGAUAGACAGCCAGGGUCCAGUAAAGAAACUGAAAGUAAAUGAUGAAGUCAAAGCUGACUGGUUAAGUGGUGUAACAAUAUUUAUUAUCAAAGCUGGGAUUGGCAAAGCCAGAGUAGAAAUCUUUGAAAAACAAAUAAUACAAAAUGGAGGUCACAUUGUGGAUACAUUCUCCCCAGUUGUCACUCAUGUUAUUGUCGAUGAUAGAAUGGAUUGUGACCGUGCACUUCGGCUCUUGAAGACUGAGAAGCUAACCCCAGAGGUUGAGUUGGUGAAGUCAGCAUGGCUAAGUUUGUGUAUUUCGGAGAAAAGACUUCUUAACACUACUGGCUAUAGUGUCUUUAUUCCAGACAGGUGCCUAAUCUCUGAGCAGCAAUGUGACACUAACAAGGUGAAUACCGAAAUGCAAAAUGAAACAGCAGCACUUAAUGAUGACACAGAAGUGCCUUAUUUACACUUAACAGCUGUAGAGUCAAGCAGUGAAAGAAUUACAGGGGAGCAUCUAGAAACUCAAGUGAUGGAAGGUGAAGGCAGUGAUGCAGAAGAAACUGGAGUUUCCAAGAGUGACUUGGAAGCACUCCUGUUUGGAAUAUGCUACGCUGAAAAGGCAGAAAAUUCCAGUCAUAGCUCAUUAGUACCUUCUUUAACUGGGAAGUGGGUCUGUGCCAGAUCUUCUGUCAGUAAGAAGGAAAAUCUUAACCAAAACAUUACUGAGAAGCUGGAGGUGCUGGCUAAUGCAUACACACAUCAAGGAGACAAGUGGAGAGCACUUGGGUAUUCUAAAGCAAUUAAUGCCCUCAAGAGUCACCCUAAAGCUGUCUCUUCAUAUGAGGAAGCUUGUGCUAUCCCAGGAAUUGGAACACGAAUGGCUGACAAGAUAAAAGAGAUCCUAGAAAGUGGACAUUUACGCAAGUUGGACUACAUUGGUGAGACUGUCCCUGUGAUGGAACUCUUCUGUAAUAUCUGGGGAGUUGGUAUAAGGACAGCGCAAAUGUGGUAUCAGCAGGGAUUUCGAACCCUGGAGGACAUUCGUACAAAAGCAACCCUUACCAGUCAGCAGAGUAUUGGCCUGAAACACUAUGAUGAUCUUCUGAAUCGUAUGCCACGUGAGGAAGCUGCAGAAAUAGAGCAGACGGUUAAAGUGAUGGCUCAGUCUAUAAAUCCUGGCCUUGUAGUCAUGGCUUGUGGCUCAUACCGGCGUGGAAAAUUCUCCUGUGGGGAUGUGGAUGUUCUAAUCACACAUCCAGACGGAAAAUCACAUAAAGGGGUUUUCAACAAAAUUUUAAGUGGCCUGAAAGAGAGCGGCUUUCUGACAGAUGAUUUGGUCAGUCAAGAAGACAGUGGCAAUCAAAAGAAGUAUCUAGGAGUUUGUCGACUUACAGAACCUGGAAGAAGACAUCGUAGACUUGACAUCAUAGUGGUGCCCUUCAAUGAGUUUGCCUGUGCCCUAAUGUACUUCACUGGCUCAGCCCACUUUAAUCGUUCUAUGCGUGCAUUUGCAAAAACAAAGAGGAUGAGUUUGUCAGAACACUCCCUGAAUAAGAACGUCAUAAGGAAAAGAAGCAUUAAGAUCAAUCCAGGGGUGCCAAUUCCCACCUCUUCUGAAAAGGAUAUUUUUGAACAGCUAGGUCUACCAUACAGGGAGCCACAUGAAAGAGACUGGUAAUUACAUCUUUGUGCAGCUUGGGCAGAAUGUGGCUUUCUACUUCAAACACAGUGAACAUCACACUUUGAUUAUGCAGUUUUACAGUUUUUGUACUCUAAAAGGAAAUUUAUUUUGGCUUUAGAGAUAUUUAUUUAUUUAAAGAGUUCCACCCAGAAUAUUUAAUAUGCAGUUGCUGCAGUGAUGGCUGCACCUUUAACUGAAAUGGAAGUGCUUGCUGCUGAACAGGUAGUCUAUUUAAUCUGAGGUCUGUUUUAAAUUAUUAAUGUUUUUAUCACUUUUAUGUCUAUGAAGUGGAAACAGAUGUAUUGCACCUUUCAUACAGUUUGAAUUUUAGUUAAGUACUUUUAUAUGUUGCAAUUCGCAAAUGAAGGCAUUAAUUAUGUAUAUCUCAUUGCAGUUAGAUAAAUUUGAUGUGCUUUUAAUGCUGAUGCUGUUAUUAGUGUCUCCAUGUAUAAAGCUGGCUUUAAAACAU